GAGAGUUUUUAGUCUCUCUUGUUAAUAAACGAACCACACCGGUUCUCGCCUACAUGGCCCGGGUAAAGUUCCAGAGUCUUAUUGGGACAACCUGACGGCAACACACCCGCCGCGAGUCCAUUAUGUUGGCGCCCACAAGAUCCAGUUCAGCGCCAGGUUUAUCGAAGUCGAAACGAGCAUCGGACACCACAGAAGUGGAACUGAAUAUUCAAGUUCCAGCAGAGCCCAAAAAGAAACAACCUUUACCUGGCAAACAUGGGGCCAUCCCACAUGAACUCCUGGUCAGUCUUCCCUCCAUUGUGUGCAACAAGAGCACUCAGGGAUUCACUGCACAUUAUCGCCACUGUCAGAGCACCGGAAUCAGACGGCCGGAUGCAGUCUGGCAUCAUUCAUUUGGACGCAAGAAAUACAAAUACUUUUUGGAGCAGCCAACAUCUGUGACAGGAGCUGGAAGUGAUAUUUCCUUCCUGUGUGAUGCUGUGGUCAAGCAGAAGAGGAAACCAUCCCUCCCGCCUGUAAGUGACAAGACUGAUGACCAACAGAAUAUGAGUGUAUUAGAAAAUGUGAUCCCAGAAGAAUAUUACAUUGUGAAAAACAAAGGGUUACGGUCCCUUGAGCUCUAUGAGGAUGCAUUCACAGUGCAGCUGAAAGACGAAGACCAGAAGUUCCGAAUCCUUCCAUCACUGAGGCCCAGUGGCAGACUGGAAGCGGUCCAGUUGAUGAACAUGAUGGAUGACAUGCUGGAGAAGGCUGGAGUGAAUCAGCAGAUAGAGGAACUGACUGAGCUGUCUCAAAUGGAGGGCCUGCUUGAGCUGGUGAAGGCUGAACAGAAUAUCUACAGCCUUGUUUUCCAUGAACUGAUCAGGCAGGUUUCUGUGAACUGUGCUGAAAGAGGACAACUGCUUGCCAAACUCAGACAGCACUACCAGUCUCUGCUGGAUCGAAUCCCACGCCGUCUGAAGGCCUUACACACUGAGGUUGUGGCACAACGGGCACUGGACCGCCGGCUCGUUGAGGAAAUCCAUCGGAUCAAGACAUCCAUCGAGCAGCUAAGUGUGGAACUUUCCAAAACCAGAGACCAUGAUACCUUUGUUUCCCAGCAAGCAGAGAGUGCUCACCAGCAGCUGGCUGAGGCACUCAGACAGAAGCGAGGCAGCUCAGAUGUAGUCCAGGGUUACCAUGAGCUGUAUGAGCUGCACAGGGCUCGCCUAGAAGCUCAGCUGCACCAGAUGACUGAGGACAGAGACUGCUGGAGACAGUUUACAUUCACCCUUGCCCUAAAGGUAAUAAAUAUAAAGAAGCUGCAGGUGGUCAGUCAGCUGCAUGUCAGUGAGCAAGGCUGGUUCAAGACCGCAGAGCAAUGCUUCUCCUACCUCUUCUCAAAGGACACAGAGGACCUCAAUACAAUAAAAGAGUGUACUGACUCCUUGAAACAGCAGUUGGUUGCUUUUGUGUCUGAGCUGAAGACUACUGAGGAUGCUCAGUGUGCACAGAUCAGUGCCACCAAGCAAGGCAUCACCAAGUGGCUCUCUUUCUUCUCCACACAAAAUGAGUCUCCUCAGCCAAACUAUGACAAAAGAUCAGUGGAAGAAAUCCAUGCUGAUUUGAAACAGUGGUCAGAUAUGUUGGCACUCCAAUGUGAGCACUACCAAGGUAAAAAACAGCUUUUGUGUCAGCAGAAACUUACCAAACUCUCCAGUGUCCAAGAAAAAUGGCUGAAUAUCAACCUUCGCCUAUUCGAAAGACACCCUUCUCCUGAUGCUAAAGCCCCUGAAGUCCAACAUGCCUUAAGAGAGUUGGACAGGGUCCUAUCUGACCUUCUCGUGCUGCUGGACAUGCAAGCCAGCGGGGAAGAGGGGAUCCACACCAAAAUCAUGACACUUGUCUGCCUGAUGAAGCCCUGGGUCUCCAAAACUGCUUCAGCGAUAACAAGUCAUAACGUGAUGCCUGCUUUUGACCAGCAGGACCUGAAGGAAGAGUUGUGUACCUGGCAGAUAAUAGCUGAUGAAGUAAUACAACGCUUCUCCAUCACGCUGACAGAGAACAAAAUGGACAGAGACAAGCCUGAUAUAUACACAGAGACAGAAAAGCUGUUAGAUGACGUUCAGGAGUUUACAACCAACCUAUCGGACUUCAUUCAGGGUGAGAACCAGAAACUCAGAGAAGAAGUCAGUUCUGUUCACUUGGCUCAGAGACGCUGGAUGUUGGAUUUCUUGGUUGUCACGCUACCUGACUAUAGUGAGGAGCAGAACCAAAGACAUAAACACCACUACAUCGCAAACAUCUCACCACACACUCUAAAUGAGGAUGCCAGACUGCUGGCUGAGAAACUAGACUGUCAUACUAGCUACAUUUCCAGAUCAUGCAACUUAAUUCUGGAGGAGCAGAUUGUGCUGGAUCCACUUAACACUGACAGUGAAAACAAGAUGAAUGAGUGCAAAAACCUGCAGAGGCAGUGUGUCGAUUGGGUGGAGACCUGUAAAAUACUGCUAGCUGGAGUUCAUGGUGAUCCUGUGGAGCUACCUAUAACUCCCAACAGUUCUGACCCAGUAGACAGCAUAAGAACUCAGGUGAGGAUUGAAGCUUCAGUUGAGCCAACAACAGACAAAGUCAAAGAGGUCAAAGAUGAGUCUAAAACAAACCCAAGAGAGAUGAAAAUUGAAGAACUUCAAACACAACAAGAGGGGGAGCUAACAGUUUGUAAGAGCCCUGUUGUGCAGCUGAUAAGCUAUGAUGGAAAUAUUGCACAAAAAAGUCUUGGAGAGAGUAGUGUCCACUUAACUGGGACUGAUGAGCUGGUUUUAUCUCCAGUCACAGAAGAAGCCCAAAGAGCUUUUAGUGAUCUAACCACAGUAGUAAAGCUACAAAGAGAACUGCAUGAUUCUGAAGUGCGAGUGCUGAAUGCUGAGCAACGAUCCCUGAAAGCUGAGGAGGCCCUGCAGGCAGCACUGGAGAAGAUUCAAGAUCUGGAGAGACAACUGCAGGGUCAGCCGAACCUGGAGGCCAAAAGUAAUGAAGAAGAAAAGAAAACACCAAGUUCUUCCCCACUAACAGAAGCAAUACCAGCUCCUCUAAAGAAAACAACUGAAGUUAAACCAUCAAGCAGCACCAAAAAGACCAAGAAACGAUGAUCUGACAUGCAGUCACAACCUGUUGUGAUUUUGUACUUAUUCUAUCUUAUUAAAAUAUCUAAUUCAUGUUACAUUUGGCCAGAGAUGAAAACAUUACAUUCUAUAUUCUAACUCAUAAAUUUCUAAAGCUGCCCACAAGAAUGAAAAAAGAAGAGAGAGUGCUGCAAAAUGUACAGGAUUCAAAGCCUUUCUUUAACUAGAGUGUGGAACGGUGGUAUGAAAAUUAAUAUUUUUACUCAUUAUCAUUUGCGCUGUGCAAUGGCCUGCAGUGGCUUUGUUCAGCUUGUCAGUGCUUUUCAACUGCAUGCAAAUCAGAGUUGCUUUAUGCUGAUAUUUCUCUGGGCUUUUCUCUUCUUCAUUUAAUAUGUUU